CCAUGGCGCUUUAGGACACCCUAGCGCGAGGGCAAAAAAGCGGGCGUUCUCCCGCGUAGGAUUCUGGAACGAAGACAAGAGCUUCAAAUGCGGGGAACCAACGCCGCCUGUGCUCCUCCUCUCAGCGUCGUCGUUCUUAGGCGGCUGUGGCUCCGUUAGAGUUCGUUGGUUGAACUCAAGGGUGAGUCUGUCGGUCGUGUCGCUUGGCGGGCACGUUCUCUCUUGACUCGUUGAGGCUGUAUUGUUCGGUGCUUCAAAAAGAAAGAGAGAGAGAGAGGUUUAAAAGCUCCACACUUCCCUGGGUCUUGUCUGCAAAACAAAUUCGUGCAUCCACCAGGUGGGCCAAAAUGGCGAGCGACUGGCCUCAGGCUUCUAGAGUACCUAGUUUUGCCCAGAUGCUAAAGAAGAAUUUGCCUGCCCAGCCAUCUCCUCACCCUUCUGUUCCGUCCUCUGCUCACUUGUUUCUUCAGGCAGAGAAUGCCAAACCGAUGUUUAUAUCCGCAGAAACGUCUAAUGUUUCAACUCUAGCAUCUAAGGUGACAAAUAUCACAGGUCAAGUUCCUGACUGUCAAUAUUCUAAAGCAGGACCCAUUGUUCCAAUCACUUCACUUCCUCCAAAGAAAAUUCCAAAAGAAUUUAUCACAAAAUAUAAACGAGGGGAUAUAAAUCCAGUGUCAGCUUUGCAUCAGUUUGCACAGAUGCAGCGUGUACAGCUUGAAUUAAAGGAAACUGUGGCAACAGGUAAUCUCUUGGGAACUUACUUUGCUUUUUGUGCUGUGGUUGAUGGCAUCCAGUAUAAGACUGGAUUGGGACAGAACAAAAAAGAAUCCAAAUCAAAUGCAGCAAAACUUGCUCUUGAUGAAUUGCUACAGUUGGAGGAGACAGAACCAAAAGCUUUAGAAAAUCCAGGUCCUCCCAGGAUUCUUUCAGAACCCGCAGUUGUAUCUGAACCUCAAACAACUGAAUCUGGCUACAUUUCAAAGAUUCCUUAUGAAGGGCGGCACCUUGCAUAUGAAAAAAUUUCUCAAGCUGUCAAGGAAACAUUCAACAGUUUGACUAUUAAAUAUCCAGAGUACCAGAGUUGUAGCAGUUCACUGGCUGCUUUCAUAAUUGAAAGAGUUAGACAGCAUGAAGUGGUAGCUAUUGGAACAGGUGAAUUCAACUAUAGUCAGUGUGGACAUCCAGAUGGGAGAGUAUUGCAUGACUCUCAUGCUGUUGUUACUGCAAGGCGCUCACUUCUUAGGUAUUUUUAUAGACAGCUUUUACUUUACUACAGUAAAAAUGCUGCCAUGAUGGAUAAAUCCAUAUUUUGCAUUGAACCGUCAUCAAACCUGCUUGCUCUAAAGCCGAAUAUAAACAUUUUUCUCUACAUGAAUCAGCUGCCAAAAGGAUCUGCUCAGAUAAAGUCUAAGCUACGUCUCAAUCCAAAUUCUGCAUCUGCAUUUGAAGCUGAUGAAGAACUGUGUCUUCAUAUUGCUGUUGAAGGCAAGGUUUACCUCACUGUCUAUUGUCCUACUGAAAUUGCUAGAAUAAGCAGCAUGUCUGCUAGUGAUAAACUGACAAGAUGGGAAGUAUUGGGUGUUCAAGGAGCCUUACUGAGUCACUUCAUUCAGCCUGUUUAUGUUAGCAGGAUCCUUGUUGGGGAUGGGAACUGCCAUGAUACACGAGGAUUAGAAAUAGCUAUCAAACAACGUGUAGAUGAUGCACUCACUUCAAAACUGCCCAUGUUCUACCUGGUGAACAGACCUCACAUUAGUUUGGUAUCCGCUGCUUACCCUGUACAGGUAGACUUGGAAUGCAGAUCUCUUAGUGUGAAUUGGUCCCAAGGAGACUUGUCAUUGGAGGUCGUAGAUGGGUUAAAUGGGAAGACGACAGAAAGUUCACCCUUCAAAAGUGGCAUUUCAAUGGCAAGUCGUCUUUGCAAGGCUGCAAUGUUAAGUCGUUUCAAUUUAGUGGUUAAAGAAUCAAAGAAGGAUGAUUUACUUAAAGCAGGUACUUACCAUGAAGCAAAGAUUAUGGCAGAGUCCUACCAAGGAGCAAAAUAUUUGCUGAAAACCUACUUGGAGCAGCAUGGUUAUGGGUCUUGGAUUGUGAAGUCACCACGUAUUGAACAUUUCAGUAUGUAAAGAUUCAUUUAUCACUCUGACCUGUUGAAGUAGGUUAUUUCUCUGAGUAACUUUUUCAUUGGUUAUAGUUGUAGAUCAGUGUUGUUCAGUACAGUGUCAUCUGAUGGCUGAAAGAAUUGUACAUAAGCAAAAUAAAUAAGCUAACCUGUUAGCAUAGGCAGACCAUUUUUAUUUCUAACACUUUUGCCAGUAUAAAAAUACCUGUCAUUAAAAAAUAGCCGUCGUUUUAUGUGUGUUUUGUAUUUGUAGUGAUGUAUCUUUAAAUGGUUUCUCAUACUUUUUGGCUAUGAUAUAAGUGAGGUGGAGUAGUGAAAAAAGUAGAGAAUUGUGCAACUGACAAUUCCUUUGCUGUGAUCAGUACCUGUUUGGAAGGGCAAUGCAAAUUACCAUGUCAUCAACUUGCUUUAAAAAUUGGUUGCUUCUAUUCUGGCUUUAAAAGCCACAAUUCUCCUUAUUAAUCAUCAUGAAACCUUGUGGGCUACACCUUUUUUCAGUUGUGGGCACGCAAGUUUAUGCAGAAGACUGCUCAAAAUAGAUUUUUCUGGCAGAAAACCCCACAAACACAUUAUGAACCAAAUACAUGACCUGUUGAUGGUACAUUAUGGAAACAAGUGCGCAACUUGAAAUUUUUUCAAGCCAAGUAUUUUGUGCAUAAUUGUGUUUGCAUAUGGAAGCAACUUGAAAAUUGUAUCAGGUGUCUUAAAUAUUUAAUUUUCAAUUUGACUUCAGAAAUGAUGUUGACUACUUAAGGAUUUAGUGGGGAAAGGACAUUAAAACUGAAUGAUCUUAAUGACACACAGUUGUUAAGUAAAAUAAUUUACCCAGCUUGGUAAAAAGUGUGUGGUGCAUUAAUGUCAAGAACCAGCUCAAGAUGUUGCAAGCUCACAAAGGUUCUACUGCUUUUGUCAUCUAAAUGGUAUUAAGAUGGAAAACAUGCAACCAGUUGCCAAAACAAUGCUUAAUGCCAUUUCUUUAAAGUUUUGUGUUCCCCUUUAAGAGUUGAUUUAUAGAUGUCUUGCAUACCUUGGAAAAGACUUUUAUGGUGGUUAAGGGGUCCUCAUGAAUCUUCAUAAGCUAGCUUUGUGGAUCAAAAUGAAGGGUAUUUCAUGUAAAGUUCCCAGAAUACCCUUAGAAGUGGCUCCACAUAGAGCAGUAAAGUGCAUAUGACUUACUGGAUGGAGAAUCUUCAUGAUGUCUGCUAGCAGCAGAAUAGAGAUGGCUCUGUACAAUUCCGACAACUGUAACACACUUGCCACCUUCACGGUUACUGUCAUGAAUGAAGCAGGCUGAGCCACUGAAGAUCAGACUGAAGUUAUUCUGUAACUUUUUUUUUUUUAAAAAGGUGGUUCGACUUGCUAUAAGUGGAAAUGUCGCCUUAUCAUUUUUUUCUUUGUAAUGAGCAGGGUACCCUGCAUGGUGUCGUCCAGGUGUUGGGUUACAAUUCCCAUCAUCCCUGAUCAUUGCCCAUACUCUCUGGGGCUGAUGGGAGUUUUAUUCCAACAACAUCUUGAGGGCAUCACGUUGGCUACUCUGGAAUUGAUGUGUAUUCGAACAAAUUGAGCAAUGUUGUAGCCCAACUAAACCUUGGAUGUUUUUGUUAAAUUGUUUUUUCAAUAAAAGUUUGCUGUUGCUGCUGUGAAUCAUGA